AGAGAGAUAUUGUAAUUAUAACCCAAUAUUAUCGUAUAAUCAUCAUAUAUAUCGAGGAGGAAUUUAAAUAGAUGGGGAACAGCCUAAGGUGUUGUUUGGCAUGUGUUCUACCAUGCGGAGCACUAGACUUGAUCCGGAUAGUUCAUUUAAACGGGCACGUGGAGGAGUUAUCGGGUCGGGUCAACGCAGGCGAUGUACUGAAGAACAACCCGAAUCACAUCCUAACCAAGCCAUGCUCCUCACAAGGCGUGGCCCGCCGGAUCCUGAUACUCUCGCCCGAAUCCGAUCUCAAACGGGGCUCCAUUUACUUCUUGAUACCUUCCUCUUCUUUGCCCGCUCACCAUCACGAUCAGAAGAGUAAGAUCAACAAGUACGAACCUUCGAAGCAGCAGAGUACUACUGCUGCCCCGGCGGUGGAGAAGAAUCCGCGGUCGUUCCGCCGCCGGAAAGUCUCGGCGGAAGUUCAGCGGACUCAUCUCGAGAGCAUUUCUGAGGAUUUGUGACAAUUUCUUUUUUUACCGCGAAUAUUUUUUUCACAAAGUAUUCACGCAUUUUUUUACAUGGGGUGA